AUGAAAUCUUCAAUAAUAGCAGCAGCUGCUGCAUUCUCAACCGGCGUUUCUGCAUUUCCCACCAUUGCUCUCGAAGCUGCCCAAAACGCAGUCCGACAUGCAAAUGUCUUUCAAGCAGCAAGAGCUGCUCAUGAGAAACGACUAAAUGGCAUCCUCCCUGGUUUCAAUGCUGCAGAGCAACUUAUCGACGUGUCAGGCGAACAUGCCUUCGUCCCUCCAAACUUCAGUGCUGGCGAUAUGCGUGGUCCUUGUCCUGGCUUGAAUGCGCUGGCAAAUCAUAACUACCUGCCUCACGAUGGGUUUGCUACUAUUGAUCAGUUCGUUUCUGCUACAAAUGAAGUAUUUGGGAUGAGUCUCGAUCUCGGCCUUUUCCUCUCUGUCUACGGAACGGUCAUGGAUGGAAACCCACUCUCCCUUACACCUGGCUGGUCAAUCGGCGGUCCUCCAACAGAUGCCAGCGAACAAAACCUCCUCGGAAACCUGCUCGGUCUUCUAGGAACACCAGACGGUAUUUCCGGCUCUCACAACAAAUACGAAACCGACACUUCACCCACACGAGGCGAUUUAUACCAAUAUGGAAACGACUAUGCCCUCCAAGUUUCCCAAUUCCAGACCCUAUUUGAUCUCCAGCCUGAUGCUGCUACGGCAAACUAUAAUAUGGAAGUCUUGGCGCAGGAGAGAAAGAUUACGUUCGAAAGAAGUAUCGCAGAGAACCCACAUUUCUGGUACGGACCUUUCACAGGCAUGGCUGUAAGCCAAGCAGCCCAUACCUUUAUCUAUAGGUUCAUGUCGAAUAAGUCGGCUGAAUACCCAGAGGGGGUCUUGAAUCAGGAUGUGCUCAAGUCCUUUUUCGCCAUCACUGGUGAAUCAGGAAACUUCACAUAUAACCCUGGUCAGGAAAGAAUCCCGGAGAACUGGUACAAGAGAGCUAUUGGGGAUGAAUACUCCAUCUUGUUUUUGGAAACUGAUACUUUGUACUUUGCCUCGCAAUACCCUAACGUCCUCACAGUCGGCGGUAACACUGGCACCGUGAACUCAUUCACGCCCCUCAACUUUGACGAUCUGACCGGCGGUGUCUUUAACGCCACCACGCUCCUUGAAGACAACAACCUCGCAUGUUUCGUCUACCAAGCAGCUGCGCUUGCAGCGCCUGAUAUCUUGAAAGGCUUAUAUGCUGAUAUUACAGCACCAUUGGCAAUGUUAAAUAAUGCGACAAACAAUGCGUUGGCUGGACUCAACUGCCCACAACUUGCGAGCAUUGAUGCUGAUCAAUUUGGGAAUUACCCUGGGUAUGCUACACAAUUGUAG